UCCCCCGGCGGGCGGGAACGGGCCGGGCCCGCUGGCCCUGCGCUCCCGGGGGGCGGCGGGCCCCGCGCAGGCCGCAGGCGCCCCGUGGCGGGGUGCCCGGCGGGGCGGCCGCCGGGAAGUUGCCGUGUCCGGUGUCGAGCGGCGCCCGCGCCCCGCUUCGGGCGGUGUCUCCGUGAGGCGGAAGGUCCUGCCGCAGCCUUCCCCUUAAGUGCUGCGAAGCCCGGGAAGUGCCCCAGAGCCGCGCUGAGCGUUUGGAAGUCGCUUUUCUUCUUCCAGGCUCAGCUGCCCCUUCCUCUCGGCGCGGCUGCCGCUGUGUGCGUGCGGUGGGCACGUCCUCCUUCGACAGCAGCGAGUCCCGGGAGGGGGAUUGAGGCUUUGCCUUCUCCGGUUCUCUCCCGUGUCCCCUUCGAGACCGAGGCUGAAAGUUAAUGGAAAGCCAAGAGACGCUCCAUCCACAGAUCAUGCAGCAAAAGAACCAGUGGAGGAUACAGAUCCAAGCACUCUUUCCUUAACGAUGACUGAAAAAUAUCCUGUCCAAGACACAGGGGUACCUAAAGUCUUUGUCUUAGAUGAGGAAUACCUAACAGAUCAAGUUACGUUGGAAAUUGCAUCUGUGAACAUCAAGACCCUUACGUCAGAUUCUGGCCUAAUCCAGCAGCCAGAAGACAAAGACAUGAAAAAACAUACUGAUGAAUCACUUUCAGAUCUCAAGAAAACCUGCAAGGAAAAUAGCACCUGCUCCCUGUGCUUAUUCCGUACACCGACAAUCAGUGACAUGCUCAAUGAUGAGGACUUGUUGUACACAGUGAGGAUAAAGCUGGAUCCCUGCCACCCAACAGUGAAAAACUGGAGAAAUCUGGCAAGCAAGUGGGGAAUGACUUAUGAUGAAUUAUGUUUUCUUGAACAGAAGCCCCAAAGUCCCACCUUGGAGUUCUUGCUGCGUAAUAGUGACAGGACUGUAGAGCAGCUGAUUGAUCUCUGUAAAUUUUAUAAGCGAAUUGAUGUUGUGAAAGUGCUGCUGAAAUGGGUGGAAGAGGAAUGGCCCAAGAGAGGGAACAGAACUUACCAGAAUGACUUCUAGGUCAAAGAAAGUUGUUAGUCCAUACAUGUUAAAUGCUGGGACUAGCUGCCUCUAGUACCUGGGAAAAGAGGCAGUGAGCCUUUACUGAUGGUUUGUAUACUGUGUAAGCUUUACGUACUGUAUACAUACAUAUGUUCUGUGCCCUCAGGGUAGCAAAGAUAACCUUCCAAAAGUGGAUGGAGUAAUGCAGGUUGUGUUUUUGAGUCUACAGAUGACUUCUGUUUCUUUCCUAAUGUUCGUAAACUUCCUUAGUGGAAGAGUAAUGAAUAAGUCAGAGCACUGGUUUUACUGCAGCAGUUGUGAGCCAUGUCAGCUGUGUGCUGUUGCUAUUGGGAAUGCCACAAUUAGAAGGCAAGACUCUUGGCCUUUCUGGCAGCCCUUCCACAAUUUUUUAUCUUCUACUUAAGUAGAAGAUAAGGGGUUAUUUUUUUUUUCUCCCUUUUAAAAACAAAAAUGUUUAAGCUUUAUGACACUGGUUUUGGCACAGGAACACCUCAGUGUUCUAAGCAGCACUUUGAAUUUGCAUGUUACAAUUAAUUCAAUAUUUCAACAUCACAUUCAGGCAAAUGAAGCUUUUUAUCUCAUUUAUAAACAGGAAUAGAUGUAAACCAAAAUAAUUACUUGGAUACUUCUGCAUCAUAGGGCAUAUGUUUGCUGUAGAAGAAAUAAUGUAAUUUAGAGACACUUUUCAGCCCAUAACCACUAGGAACCAAAAAAACCCAAUUAAAAUGCUUUAUAAUGAAAAUUACUUUCAAAGGUUUGAAGACAAUAUAGGCUCUGAGUGCACUUACCUGUUUAUCUGAAAUGUCUCUUGCUUUGCAGUGUGAGGUGAUGGCUAAUGCCUCACCCACAGUAUAUCCUUCGUAUUGAGUAUAACUUCCCUUUUCACAGGCUGUGGUUUUCUUUACAGUCCUGUGGGUUGGCCUAUUUUCUAUCCCACACCAGUGUACUUGCACACUUCUGUGAAACUAGCACAAGUUUCUGUAUUGAUUAAAGCCACUCCAAUGGAAAAUUCACAAUGCAGCUACAGUCCAGGUAGACGGUUAUUAAAGCACUUAUAGCAGUUUAGGCUGAUGUUUCUCAAAGAAUUUUGAUACACUGAAUUACACUGUUUACGUUUAAAAUAUUUUAGAAAUUGGUCUUUUUCCUACCAUUCUUCUGUGUUCUAAUGUUUAUAAAAAACUGAAAAAUCAGUUCUACAGUGCAAAGUGUAAAGUACUUAUAGCUAUAAUGCCACACAUAAAAAUGUUGUGACUUAAAAAUACUUCUAGUUGUUAGCCUUACUAAAAGCAUCUCGGGCAAUACUAAUAUGUACAUAUGUGUAUAUACGAAAGCACUGGUGAACAGUAUGUCAAGAUGUGGGGCAAAACUAGAAUGGGCUACAGGCUAAUGUACUGUUUACCCUUUUCAAGUAGAAAUUGCUAAGAAUUAGUAGCAAAGGUGUGGGAAGUCUAAUGGUGUAUAUUGAGUUUCUUACUGUAAGAGAAUGAAAAGGGCCUUCCAGUAAUACUGUGCUUUAGAUACUGAGCAAUAUGGUUACAGAGAAGCUAGAAGUAAAGACUAACAUUUUCAAUGUCAGACACUAGUUCCAGAGUGACACAAAUUAGCUUUAUUUUAGUGACUUCAAGAAGCUAAAGAUCUAGUUUCAAGGUGAAAAGGCCAACUUGGAUUUCAGGUUUGAUUUCUUUCUUUUUUUAAAAAAAAGCUUGUGGAAACUGGAUUUUUUUUUUUAUUUUUUUUUUUUUAAUUCCUCAAAAAAAGCUGCUACUCUUCAGGACAGUCAGUUUUCUAGUUUUUCUGUUUUAAAGUGAAAAUUGUACUGCUCCGUCUUGUUGGGGCUGCAGUUCAAAUGUUCCUUGUUCCUCUUCUAGGAACAGGAGUUUCCCAAUAGAUGUCUUUCAACUCUAACUUUGCAAAAAAUCUUCUGUUUUUAGUUAAGAGCUCUAGAAUCAGCUUUGAGGGCUCCUGUUGUGGCUGGGCUGCCUGCUGUUCUCAGUGUCUCGAGAGACAUCCCCCAUGCACAUGCAAAUGGCUCAUAUCGCAGCCUGUCCAACAUAAUCCCUGUACCUUGGACCCAUUUUAUGCAUGAUAUAGGAUCACAUCUCUGUGUGUUAAAUUGUUCUUCUGAGUGGUGAGUGUUGGCAUCUAUGCCAACUGCUUUUCUCUCCCAUAACAUACCACAGCUAUAUUUGUGUGGGACUGUAGUCUGCUCUGCUUUGGUAGAUCCAGGCCAGGAAGGAGCUGGGAGCCCUCACCUAAGACUCACAAUGGGAACAUUAAAUAAUGCAGCAGCAUUUCUGAAUCAAGAUGUUCAGCUGAAAUCUACCCCUUUUUCUGUUUUCUGGCUAAAACUUGUAAAAUUUUGAAGAAACACUGUUGUCUUGUGGAAACAAGUUCUGAACCCUUGAUGCUCUUGAAAACUCAGUGUCAGCUACAACGAUUCAUGUCUGAUGGAAAAAAGGCUGCUUCUGAGAGUUCACGUGGAUUUGUGUAAAUUUAGUACUGAAGAUUGAAAAUGUUAGCCUUAUCUUCAUCACACACUGGAUUGCUCAUUAGUAUACUUGAAAUAUUUUUUGUCUUUGUAUGGCAUGAAUUGAGAUGUACACACUUUUUUUAGUUUUAUAUCUGUUUACAAGACCUUGGAUCUGAGUGUUCAGUUUAUUCUUAUAUCUUCUGUUAUAAUGUAUACUAUUUUUAGAAGAAAUAUAGAUUGUCAGUGUUUGA